AUGGACUCUCUUCAGCUCUACUUCGUCACAUAUAACUGCGCUCUUACGCUCAUCGACGUCGAGCACUUCUCCCGCCACUUUUUCGACGCCUAUCCCGUCACCGAUAAUUCCAGCUCCACAUCCCCCGACCUUAUAGUGCUCAGUCUCCAAGAGAUUGCUCCCUUCGCCUAUGCAUUCCUUGGGGGCUCAUUUAUAACACCAUAUUUUGCAGCAUUCUCUGAGGCCGUGACGCGAGCUACGUCUGAGCGAUGGGGAACCCCCUAUGUCAACGUCGUGACGGAUCACAGUGGUAUGACUGGACUGAUGAUCUUUGCACGGUCAGACGUGGUUGACAACCUAUCACCACCGGAUAUCGCGAAAGUGGGCUUUGGCUUCCAGGAGAUGGGCAACAAAGGCGCUGUUGGGGCGCGGAUAUCUUACUCUGCGCCAAAUGCACCGCAGACAGGGGCCGAUCUGACCAUCGUUGCUGCGCAUCUUGCGCCAAUGGAGGAUGCCGUGGCUAGGAGGAACUCAGACUGGCGUAGUAUAGUAGAGAGGCUGGUAUUCAGCGACGCGAAGACACCGAUCUCUGAGAAUGACGAUAACGACGAGUCAGAAAGCGCAGCACUCCUGUCAGGCAACGCGCGUUCAACCAAGUACCCAGGCAUCUUUGCGCCUGGUAACCACCUAUUCCUCGGCGGCGACCUCAACUAUCGCACGUCCAACAGAUUCCCAUCGAAACAGGAUAUCCUGCGAUUCCCUCAGGCGGAUGCGGAACCCAACGAUCCCCUACACUUCUCCCAUCUCCUCAAAGAGGAUCAACUGAAGCGCGAAAUGUCACAGUCCAGGUGCUUUCACGGCCUCACCGAAGCCCCCAUCUCAUUUCCGCCAACCUACAAAUACCACAGCGAAGCACAAGUAGCCGCGCGAGACCCGUCGCACGCCGAUAAACCCCCACAGUGGAAGUGGGCCAGCCACCGUUGGCCGAGCUGGUGUGACCGCAUCCUCUUCCUAAACACUCCACCCGGGCUAGGAGAUGAAUCCAGGGUGAAGGUCCUACGAUACGACGCCCUACCAGUCUCCCCAACCUCCGAUCACCGUGCCGUCGCCCUGACGGUAUCCAUCCCGCUCUCCACAAGGAGAGUUCUAGAUGAGUCUCAGACGAUAGCCCCGUUCCCGAUCGACCCGGACUGGGCGAGCCGGAGAGAUGUGGCGCGGAGAAAAGAAUACAUUGCAGGAUGCUUGGCGUAUCUCGGAUUGACCUGGGAGGGCAAUGGGCUCUUGCUGGCUACGGGCAUCGGCAUCAUCGGUGCCUGGCUCGUGGUACGAUCGUUGUACAGUGCCUGA